CCGAGCGGGUCGCCACAGGGGUUGGGUUACGGAACGGGAAAGGACCAUCCUGCGCGACGCACGGCUCAUCGCCACUCAAUUCCGGUUGCUCCGCGAGGGCGGGAUGGCGGCCGGUCCGAUCAGCGAACGGAACCAGGAUGCGACGGUGUACGUGGGUGGACUCGACGAGAAGGUCAAUGAGCCCCUGCUAUGGGAGCUGUUCUUGCAGGCCGGACCUGUCGUCAAUACCCACAUGCCUAAAGAUCGGGUGACAGGGCAGCACCAAGGUUACGGCUUUGUGGAGUUCCUGAGCGAGGAGGAUGCCGAUUACGCCAUCAAGAUUAUGAACAUGAUCAAGCUGUACGGGAAGCCGAUCCGGGUGAACAAGGCGUCGGCCCACAACAAGAACCUGGACGUGGGCGCGAACAUCUUCAUCGGCAACCUGGACCCCGAGAUCGAUGAGAAGCUCCUCUACGACACGUUCAGCGCCUUUGGCGUUAUCCUGCAGACGCCCAAGAUCAUGCGGGACCCUGACACGGGAAACUCCAAGGGCUACGCCUUCAUCAACUUCGCCAGCUUUGACGCCUCGGAUGCCGCCAUCGAGGCCAUGAACGGCCAGUACCUCUGCAACCGGCCCAUCACCGUCUCCUACGCCUUCAAGAAGGACUCCAAGGGCGAGCGGCACGGCUCGGCCGCCGAGAGACUGCUGGCCGCCCAGAACCCCCUCUCCCAGGCCGACAGGCCCCACCAGCUUUUCGCCGACGCACCCCCACCACAGGCCACACAGUCUGGAGUGGUCUCCGGGCUUACUGGCGGGCUGCCACCACCAGGGCUGCCUCAUCCAGGAUCGUUCCCCCCGCCAGUUCCCCCUCCAGGAGCCCUGCCUCCAGGGAUUCCUCCAGCGAUGCCACCCCCCAUGGCUCCCAGCACCUCUGCACCUGGACCACCAGCCUCAGGACCUCCAGGGACCACCCCCCACCACGUGGGGCACCCCUUCCCUCCUGGCGCAUUGCCUCACCACGGGAUGCACCCAAUGCACGUCUCACACCACGGACCACACAGCAUGGCGCCUCUCCCUGGUGGGCCCAGCCAGAACGCCCCCCACCGCCCCCCUCCGCCCGGAAUCCAGCACCACAACCCUCCGCCCAUGGUCAUGCCCCCCCGAGGGCCACCGUUCGGACACCACAUGGGACCCCCUCCCCACGGGAUACGUGGACCGCCACCUCCGAUGCCUCCGCCUGGUUUCAAUGGGCCUCCUCGCCCACCUCACUUUGGUUUUGCUCGGGGCCCACUCUUGCCUCCUCGGGGAGGGGCCCGGAUACCCAUGCCACCUCGUGGCCCACCACGCGGGCCUCUCCAGCCCCAGUAAAGGAGGAGGGAGAGCCGGCAACUCCCUCGGGCCUGGACCCCUUGCUGCGAGUCAUUCUUGUACUGGGACAGGUCAAGUUUUUGAGGGCUGGUUUUUUUACCAGUUCAGGAAGCCUCUCCCACGGAAAUCCCAGGAAGGAAAGGAACACUUCACCCCUCCGGAGCUCUGGGAAUUUUUCCCAGGAGGUUCAUUGCACCCUUUCUCACUUCCGCUCCCAAUCUUCCUGUAGGAUUGUGUCCAAGAGCCAAGACCCCACCGUGGGGGACGCUGGGGGCUUUUGUACGCCCACUUCAUGGCCUAUUUCCUAGAAUUUCCUUUUUUUUCAGGAGGAUUGAGAUGUUUUUAAUAAAAUGUAUUUCUUAGAUAA